AUGCAGUGGAUACUCACUGGGCUGCUAGCCCUACUUCCGAGCUUCGCGUGGGCGCAGACCAAUGCGUCUGCAGCGACAUCAGUUACGGCUGCAGCGUCGUCCUCUGUGUACUAUCCACUUCCAUCUACGCUGUCGACGUAUUAUACAAUACCUGUAUCGCCGGUUGCCUUCACCCCAAUCCCCUCCCCAAGCGAUCCCCCGUCAAUUCCAGGAAUAUUUCCAAGCGCAGUACCUAGCAAUCCCCCUCCUGUUAGUCAGGACCCCCAAGUUGUUCCAGACUUUGGGCCAGCUUGGGCAAUUGCACUUGAGAAGGCUGCUGCCAAGGUCGCCAAUUUUACUCUGGAGGAAAAAGUCAACGUGACUACUGGCGUGUAUCCUAACUCAAGAUGCGUCGGUAAUAUUGCUCCUGUGUAUCCAAUCGAGGGACGAGGCUGGCCCGGUCUCUGUCUCAUGGACUCACCACUUGGGAUCCGCUACGCCGACUUUGUGACCGCCUUCCCGACCGGGAUCAACACUGCUGCUACAUGGAACCGUGCAAUGAUGCGACUGCGUGGUCUCUAUAUAGGUCAAGAAGCUGUAGGGAAAGGCGUCAACGUACAACUCGGACCCAUGAUGAAUAUGGGGAAGAACGCCCAAGGUGGCAGGAACUGGGAAGGUUUCGGCGCCGAUCCCUUCCUGGCGGGAGAGUCCGCAUAUGAAACAAUCCUCGGUAUGCAACAGGCCGGUGUACAAGGCUGCGCUAAACAUUAUAUCAAUAAUGAGCAAGAGUACGACCGUAUGCAAGAAUCUAACACCGUUGAUGACCGGACGGAACACGAGAUCUAUGCUCAUCCCUUCAUGAGAAGCGUCAUGGCCGGGGUCGCAAGCGUGAUGUGCAGUUAUAAUCUUAUCAACGGUACCUAUGCAUGCGAGAAUGAUAAAACACUGAACCAAAUCUUGAAGAUGGAAUUCGGCUUCCAAGGAUACGUCAUGUCUGACUGGACUGCAACCCACUCUACGAUGAGUGCGACGGCAGGAUUAGAUAUGACUCAACCCGGAGAUAUCGGUUUCGGAACCAACUCUUCCUACUUCGGCGGUAAUCUGACGGCUUUUGUUGAGAACGGUACUAUCUCCCUGGACAGACUGAACGAUAUGGCGACGCGCAUUAUUGCUGGCUGGUACCUCCUGGGACAAGACUCUCCGUCUUACCCGCCAACUAACUUCAACGCCUUCAAUAUCACGGACCCCGCAACCAACCAACAUGUGGACGUUAUGGACGACCACUACACCAUCGUUCGGGAGAUUGGAGCGGCAAGUACCAUAUUGCUGAAGAACCUCGGCAAUACGUUGCCGCUGAAAGGCAUCCGGAGCUUGACAAUGAUAGGUUCUGAUGCGGGUCCCGAUCUUCGCGGACCAAAUGGAUACGCGGACCGUGGUGGUGACGACGGAGUUUUGGCCAUGGGCUGGGGAUCCGGCACGGAUAACUUCCCUUGGCUCAUUUCGCCUUUGGAGGCAAUCCAGGCACGGGCGAGGCUUGACCACACCCUUGUUUCGUGGUUCCUUGAAGAUUUCGAUUACGCUGGUGUCGCGGCGGAAGUCACAGGCAAGCAGCUGGCCAUUGUUUUCGUCAAUUCAGACUCGGGCGAGGGUUACAUCACGGUUGACGGAAAUGAAGGAGAUAGGAAGAACUUGACAGCCUGGCACGGAGGCGACGAGCUAAUUCUUACGGUGGCUGCAAACAAUAACAACACUAUCGUUGUAACACACAGUGUAGGGCCCUUGAUCAUUGAGCCUUGGAUUGACCACCCCAAUAUCACGGCAGUUCUGUGGGCUGGUGUCCCGGGCCAGGAGGUUGGUAAUUCUCUCGUGGAUAUCCUUUACGGGGCAUGGAGCCCAUCUGGGAGGCUUCCAUACACAAUCGCUCGGAAUGCCUCUGACUACCCGUCCCAACUCGUUCUCGGCGGAACUCCAGAGGACAUCUUAAGCAUCAACUAUACUCAAGGGUUGUUCAUCGACUAUCGGUGGUUUGAUGCCAUGAACAUCACGCCUAGAUAUGAAUUCGGCUUUGGGAUGAGCUACACGACCUUUGAGUAUUCCAAUUUGAAUAUCGCCGCCGUGCCCAAUGCCGACACCUAUGACACGGAACUCAUCGCCAACUGGGAGGCCGGGCUGCCCAACCCGCUUGGCAUUGGGUCAACCACCGCGAUAUGGUUGCACACGCCAAUUUACAUCGUGUCCUUCGACGUAACGAACACUGGAUCGUACUACAGUGGCGAGAUACCACAACUCUACGUCCACUUCCCAGCUUCGGCCAAUGAACCACCCUCUGUCCUGAAGGGGUUCACGAACAUCAACCUUAACCCUGGGGAGACGCAAACAGCGACGAUCACCCUGAACCGGUACGAUCUGUCAAUCUGGGACGUCGUGGCGCAGGGCUGGGUCAAGCCGAACGGGACCAUCACAUUCACCGUUGGCGCAAGCAGUCGGGACGGUCGUCUAUAUGGUACAAUCCCGUCUUAA